GUUAGUAGGAAAGUUUUGCCCACACGACAAGACGGUGCAGCAGUGAUGACGGCCCACCUGCAAACUCUUGCAACUUGUCUGCUGUUGUUUCAUGGAACUUCCCAAACAGGCCUCACCAAUAGCGCUGAAAUCCAAACCAGAGCCGAUUAUGGCACGACCACCGCUUAUCCAAUCGUGGCUUCUGACACUGCCACCAGUUUCAAAACCAUCCCCCGUCACCCGUCUGCUUCCCGAAUUGACACCAUUGCUGGAUCUGAGAUCGAGACCAAUGUCACUACACAAACUGACCACAGUGUCACAUUAAAAAUUGACACCCCUUCCUCAUCUGACACUACCCCUGUUUACCAAAGGGACAAUAACACUGGAUCUAGGAUCAUCUCCACUGUCGCUUCUGACGCAACGUCUUCUUCCCAAAUGGAUACCACCACUGGAUCUGUAAUUGAGACCACUGGCAAGGCAGUCACAUUCGCAAUCAACAACCCUUCCUUGUCUGACACAACCCGUGCUACCCAAACUGGCAUCACCACUGGAUCCGAAAUCGACAAAACGGACACAACCCAAGCUUCGCAAACUGACACCACCACUGGAUCCGAAAUCGACAAAACGGACACAACCAAAGCUUCGCAAACUGAAACCACCACUGGAUCCACAAUCAACAAAACGGACACAACCCCAGCUUUGCAAACUGACACCACCACUGGAUCCGAAAUUGACAAAACGGACACAACCAAAGCUUCGCAAACUGAAACCACCACUGGAUCCACAAUCGACAAAACGGACACAACCCAAGCUUCGCAAACUGACACCACCACUGGAUCCGAAAUCGACAAAACGGACACAACCAAAGCUUCGCAAACUGAAACCACCACUGGAUCCACAAUCGACAAAACGGACACAACCCCAGCUUUGCAAACUGACACCACCACUGGAUCCGAAAUUGACAAAACGGACACAACCAAAGCUUCGCAAACUGAAACCACCACUGGAUCCACAAUCGACAAAACGGACACAACCCAAGCUUCGCAAACUGACACCACCACUGGAUCCACAAUCGACAAAACAGACACAACCCCAGCUUUGCAAACUGACACUACCGCUGGAUCUGAAAUGGAGACCACGACCACUUCCCAAACCGACCACACUGUCACAUUCACAACCGCCACCCCUUCCCAAACAGACACCACUGUCACAAUCACUAUUUCCACUCCCCACAUUACUGCUUUAUCAACAAUUUCCACCAACAGCCCCCCCCUACCUAGUACCACUACCAGCGGCGGUGCACUACAGGAGGGUCUCAAGUACAAGGGUCUGAGCUCAGGAAGUAUUGCAGCCAUUCUAUGCAUGUUCGCAAUAUUGGCCAUUCUGGUGUUUGGCGGUCUAUACUACAAGUACCGGCAACCAUCCUACGGGUCUCUGGAGAGCAACAAUGCCUUCAGCAGCUUUGGGAACUUCAGUAAUCCCAUGUAUGACCCUUAAACCUGCCGACCUGACAAGUGACUUCCACUUCCAAGACCUCUCAGUACUGAAGGAGUUUUUUAAGUGUGCUUGUAGGUGUGUGUUGCAAAUCUCUUGCUAGUCAUUAUAUCUACCUAUACCCGUACCCGAGAGUCUGAUUGCACUGAACAGCCUCCUAGAAGGAGGCCUUAAUGACAAGCUACUACAGUACAUGUACUACAUUGUCCUGUUCAAUUUUAGUCGCUAUUAACGAGUGUUUUAUUUAUAGUUUGCGUUAUGUGCUAUGCUUUGACGUUCAUGAUGCAGUUAUUUUUCUUUUGAUAUGUAGGCUGAUAGAGUUUGUGUGAGUUGUGUUCAAGUGCAUAAUUAAAGGGGAACUGCACUUUU